GUCUCUACGAGCGUGCACGUGUGUAUGUGUGUGUUUGACGGAAAUAUAUUCUUCUGGAAUUCGUGGCAUUAACAGACACAAACAGAUAUGAACGUGGGGGCUAACUCGCCAGCCGGGGUAAGAUCCGAUGAAGGAUCACAGUGAGUAUGCUUACUAAUAACAAAUAACUAGAUUUUGUUUUCUUCUGUCGUUUCUUAAGCUUCGAAAAUGAGCUCCACGACACCAUACUCGUACAUUCUAAGCCUUUUGAUCCUUCUGACAGCUACAGAUUCUCUCGGCCUGAAAAUAACCGAAGUCUCCAUACCCCACUAUAUAGAAAAUGGGACAAAAGAGUCGGUUAUCUUAGAUUGUAGAUACGACUAUGGAAAUGACGACAAAAACUUAGUCGUGAAAUGGUUUCUAAAUGACGAUCCUGAGCCAAUCUACCAGUGGAUCACAGAGCUAAACCUCCGCCAGCCCUCUUACCGGCUUCAGGGUCGAAUUAACAUGAGCUAUACAGUAACUCCGUCCGCCAACCUGACCAGGUACCGUGCACUCAACAUCCUGCGACCAACAACAGACCUGAGCGGGAAAUACACCUGUAACGUCGCCUCAUUAGCUAGCGAAGACUCGGAGGAACGCCAGAUGACGAUUUAUGCUCCACCUAGGAGUUUUAACUUCAACUACACCAAAACGGAUAGAGAAUCGUCGAAUUUUACUUGUGUAGUAGAAGGAAUUUUUCCAGAGCCUCAGAUAUCUCUGCUUUUAACCAACCCAAACUUGAAAAGUGCAAAAUCAAUCCCGCUACACAAUAAGACUAUCUUCAGUAAAGGAACUUACAGUGUCAUGAGUUACAGAGAGUUGUUGGACAAAGAAUUGCCCAGUGGCGGCCCCUCGGAAUUACAGUGCGUACUAUUUAUUCCAGGCACGGACUUUCGUAGAGAAAAAAUAUUAUCUUACUAUCCAGAGCACCUGGCGGGCUCUGCUCUCCGCUUCUUCCCGUUCUGGAGCACAUCUCUAAUUACUGCUGCUGUUCUCCUUGUAUCGACUGUGCCUAACUUUAUAUAUAUAAGUUAAGAACCAGCUGGUAUGUGGGUCUCAUUCCCUCUGGUUGAAAAACACAUAAGAAAAAAAAUAUUGUUGCUGUUGUGAAUAAUCUGUACAUAAUGAACCAUUUUUAUGGCGUUUAACGUGUAGCUUGAAUUAAUGAAGGAUGCAAACUUUGGAUUAGGAUUAUCAGUUACUUUGAAAUAAACAUGGUGAUCAUAAACUUUAAUGUUUCUGUUAAAUAAAUUAUAUUGGUAAGAGAAGUUUCAAUUAUUUUGCUUUUACUAGGUAUGUUGUUGUAAAGAUGUAAUUAUAAAUAAAUAACAUGGCUUUAAAAAUCGGA